GGCAUGAUUGUGCUGUGCAUUUAUUCUUAAAACCUCUGAAGGAGACGAGUUUCUUCUAACGCAUGGCCACUCCAAAUUCGGUGCUUUCAUCAAUUACACCGUUCACUAGCUUCGUUCUUCCAGUUCGCCUAAAAAUCAAGGAGUGAAACAAUGGGUGAUGCAAUUGAUUUGACCGGGGAUGGAGGAGUCAUUAAGACCAUUUUGAGAAAAAGCAAAACCGAUGCUGUUGGUCCUACAGAAAAUUUUCCUCUUGUUGAUGUUCACUAUGAAGGCACACUUGCUGAUACCGGUGAAGUUUUUGACACAACACACGAAGAUAACACUAUCUUCUCUUUUGAGCUUGGGAAGGGCAGUGUUAUCAAGGCUUGGGAGAUUGCAGUCAAAACCAUGAAGGUCGGAGAAGUUGCAAAAAUAACUUGCAAGCCAGAAUAUGCAUAUGGCAGUGCGGGAUCUCCUCCAGAUAUUCCUCCAGAAGCAACACUUGUUUUUGAAGUUGAGUUAGUUGCCUGUCGGCCAAGGAAGGGUUCCAGUUUGGGAAGUGUUUCAGAGGAGAGGGCAAGGCUUGAAGAACUGAAGAAGCAGAGAGAGCUAGCUGCUGCUGUCAAAGAAGAAGAGAAGAAGAAGAGAGAAGAAGCAAAAGCAGCUGCUGCUGCACGUCUGCAAGCAAAGUUAGAAGCCAAAAAAGGUCAAGGAAAGGGUAAAGGUAAAGCAAAGUAGGGUCCCUUAAACAUCUACACAACUUGAUAUAUUUUGAUGACAAUCAAAUCAAAUAGUUAUGUAUUAUCUACUAUUCAGCAUCUCACUUCCCCUUUGGCUCAUCCCAAACGAUGUAUAAAAUGAUUGGCUUUGUCCAUCCAGAUAACAUAAAUAUGAUGUUUGGUAAGAUACUACAUAAUCAGCAGCUAGCAACAACAUUUUCCCGGGUUUUUGUCUAAUU